AAUACAUUUUACUAAUCUACUCACGACAAACAUGUUUUCAUCUGAACGUUUAGGUAUAGGUGCUGUGACAAAGAUGUCGAUCUUGCUGAUAUUAUACUUGUUAUCAUCAACUACGGCCAUGGUUAUCAGAUGCAAUCAGCCACUAUCACUUACAUACUCAAAAAAUGAGCAGGACAUCCAUAAAGAGAGCAGGUAUAUUUUACCUCACACCCACGGCAUUAGGCAUGGAGUUGGAACUCUCUACAAGAUUGAUAAAGAUUUCAUUAACAUUCAGUAUACGGACUACUCCGAGAGAACGACGUGCGAGGAAAUGAAGUCUCCUUCACCGGGACGCUUUCAUUUAACUUUGGCAGAAUCUGCCUCUUGUCCUUGGUAUUAUCGCAAAAAUGUCGAUGAUAAUCGUGUUCCCAGAGAAUUCAUCGAAGCCAAGUGUGCGUGCAGGUGUAGCGUGAACAGUCGCCAUUGUGCAGUGAAGACUUGUCGGGAGGUGUAUCGGUAUGUGACAGUGUGGAGAAGGUUGAAUUGUACCCAUUAUGUGGAAGUCAUAGAACCGAUAGCUGUCGGCUGUACCGAGGUGCGGCAUCAUCGGAGGACCAAUCCCUAUAGUCUUGACGAAUAACUGAAACUUUCAUGGUACAAUAUGAUAUUAGCCCUUGACCAGGUUUCACGGUGCAAUAAUUUUUUUUUAUCAGCUUACCAUAGUUUACAAGCAUUUUCCCCAGUUUAUCAAUAUUGUCAUAAAAGAUUUCUCAGUUUUUAUUGUUCUCUAGUCAAAUGACUCUGCAAUCGACCAGUUCAUUUAUAUUUUCAUGAAUUAUGUUUUCCUAUAUGUCUGUGCCAAAACAUGACAAAGAUGUAUCUGCGUUGCAUUGAAUUGUACUAGUAUGUAUUGAAAAAUUUAUCUAAAUAUAUUUAUACAUUUUAUUACAUGCAUUUGUAUCCUCUUAUUGAAUUAAUACUCAUGCUCUCAAUUAUUGUCUAUUAUAUAUAUUUUUUUCACGUGUUUGUUUUAAAUAAAGCAUACUAUCUUGUUCUA